CGCCUGAUUAACAAAGUCUUUGCGCAGAGAGUGUGAGAGCUUGAAUCGUUUAAAAAGUUUAAGUGUCGGGCAGUUCUAAAUUAGAUUCGGAAUUAAGCAGAAGUAACAAAAGAACGGACGUCAAUCAAUAGAAAUUGUGCUGGUGAUAGAGAUAGCGGUGCCAAGUAGUUAGUUCAUUAAUUCAAAUCGAUCAAUGACGCAGAGGAUAUUGUGGGUGCUCAUUGUGAGCAUCUUAUUGAUGACAUGUGUGGCUAAGCCAACAGUGGAGGAAAUUGGAGGAAACGUGGAGGGAAACACGACUGUGGCGGGAAAUGCGACGGUGGAGGAAAAUGUAAAAGCGGAGCAAAAUGUAAAAGUGGAGGAGAAUCUUAUAAAUAAGAAUCCUGAUGCCGAUACCCUUAAAUCCUUAAACACGACUGUGGCGGGAAAUACGACUGUGGAGGAAAAUGUAAAAGUGGAGGAAAAUGCAAACGAGAAUGAGAAUCUUAUAACAGAGAAUACUGAAGCAGAUGCUCUUAAAUCUUAUGCUGAUCGCAUGAAAAGCUAUAUGAAUUUCUCAGUCUCUCCGUGCGAUGACUUCUAUGAGUAUGCCUGUGGCAACUGGAAAAACGUUAAGCAGGAUCGUCAGUCAUCGCACAAGCGAAGCAAUCUCUUGGACAUUUUUUACACACUGAGCGAUGUGACAGAAAAGUUGCUUACCAAAAUGUCAAUAGCUAUUGAUUUGGAUUACGAAGCCGAGCUACAAAUUGCACAACAAUUUUAUAAUGCCUGCCUCACGGCCGAUCUUAAGCCACUGCCAGCUGCCGACCCCGCUUAUCUGGCCCUUAUCAAAUCUAUUGGUGGUUUCCCGGCCGUUGAAGGCACGGCAUGGCAAGCGGAUAAGUUUAGUUGGUUCAACAUGAGUGCCCAUCUCACUAAUUACGGAGUAGGAGGCUUAAUUAACGAGGACAUUCUGCCGCAGUAUCCCUUUGCUCCCUUCUUCAGUCUACCCCAACUGGGUUUCGAGUACAUCGUCCACAGCGAUAACAUUAAAACUAAUGAGACACGAGGCUUUAAACUGAACGAGGAGCGAAUGCGUGGAUAUUUGCAAGCCUUUGGACUGACUGAGGAGAAGAUAAAUGAGGUAACUGACGGCGUGUUUGCAUUUUGGCACGAUGCCCUGAAUAUCAGCGAUCAGUUCGAUGAAGAUGAGGACAAGUGCGACGAAAUGACAACAAUCAACGCAAUUCCCCCGUUUGCCCAAUGGACCAACUACUAUGAGAUUGCCUGGAAUGGGCAGAACUUUUCCACCGAAAAGCUUAGACGAGUCUGUGAUUUUUACUACAAGGAAUUAGAUAAAGUAUGCAUCAAACAUGCUCCGGCUGUGGCCAAUUAUUUGGCUAUGAAACUAUUGUACACAAUGGAUGCCAAGUUAAAAGAUGUCAAGUUUCAGGGGGAUUAUUGCAAGCUCACUAUCCAACACUCGCUGCCGUACCUGCUCGAUAAACUCUAUUUUCUGGAAUACUUCAGCGAAGAGAUUCAUUCCGAAAUCAAGGCCAUUAUCAACGAACUACGGAAGAGUUUGCGUGUGGUUUUAGAGAAUGCCGAGUGGCUGGAUGCCGAGACACGUCAGGAGGCCCUCGAAAAGGAAUCGACUAUUGAGUCGCGCAUCGGUAGCUUUAAGGACGACGAGUUAAUCGAUCGUCUAAUCCGGGAGAUGAAGAACCUUACAUUUGUAGAUGGUACAUAUGCCCAGAAUAAUAUAAAUCUCAAACGAUUUAGGGUCUAUAUGAAUCGUUUCAAUGGCCAUCACAACAUGGAACUGUCAAACGAAACGAAACCCUUGGAAUUGGUAAUGGGAAUGCAAGUGAAUGCCUUCUACUAUAACAUAGACAAUUCGAUUAAUGUAAUGGCUGGAUUACUUCAUCCGCCUGCCUUCCAUCAGUCGUGGCCGAAUUCAUUGAAAUUUGGAACAAUUGGUUAUUUGGUUGGUCAUGAAUUCACCCAUGGUUUCGAUACGACUGGAUCCAACUUCGAUAGUCAAGGCAAAAAACGUUACUGGUGGUCGAAGAAAUCCGGCGCAGUUUUCAAAGAGCGUGCUCAGUGCUAUGUGGAUCAUUAUAAUAAUUAUUUGAUACCAGAGAUUAAUCGCAAAAUCAAUGGCAAUCAAACCAAGGACGAGAAUAUAGCAGACAGCGGUGGCUUGCGGGAAGCAUUGAGCGCCUAUCGCAAUUUCAUAAAGGAUCAACUGGCUACUGCCAUUGCAGCUAACGAGACAUUUGUACCGAAGAGUGAACAGAUGCCUGGCCUGGAUCAUUCGCCGGAGCAACUGUUUUUCCUAGGCUUUGCUCAGGUGUGGUGUGCCGCCUAUAAGGAGGAGCACUAUUGGGAGGAGCUAACCAAUGAGCAUACAAUGGACAAAUAUCGAGUCCUUGGUGCUGUCAGCAAUAGCGAGGACUUUGCCGCAGCAUACAAUUGUUCACUUGGCAGUCCCAUGAAUCUUAAAGCCGACAAGUGCCGCGUGUGGUAGCAUCGAGUUCAGCAAUGUUGCUGAUAAGCGGAACUCGGGAUCGAUAAGUAAGCUUUGUGUACACACUCGCACACACACACACACAUUAAAAACUACGCAUAAAUAAUCAAGUUUAUAAAGAAAUCUAA